AUGUUGUUAUUGUUGAGUGUUAGCUUGACAACGCAAUUAUGUAGUCUCGUGAUUAAACCAGUGAAUAAUAGAUGGAAUAAAAGAAUAAUAGACGUAAAAGAAUGUUUGCAAUAUCAAUUAUUAACACCAUUCCAAACACUCGUUUGGGAAUUGAAAAAUACUGUAAUGAAAAGUUAUUGGAAUAAAGAAGUUGGAAAAACUCAUUAUUUAGUACCAUAUUUACCAAUCGGUAUGGAUCCCCUAAAAACAACUUUCGGAAAAAAAUUUAAAUCUGAGGCAACAAUGGCGGAUUUAAUUAAUCCUCCCAAAAUUGACAGAAAACCAAUAAUGCGCACAGAUGUUAAUUUCUGUAGAUUUAAAGAAAUAAGUCAAGAAGAUGAAGGAACACAAAUUACUAGAAAUUAUAAUUGUCACUUUAACAAAUAUACAUAUUUCGGAAAAAAGAAUAAUGCUGAUGUAGAAGGAUCUCGAAUUAAAAAGAUUAUACAAGGCAAAGAUUAUAAUGCUACUACGUUAGUCAAUUAUAUUCAAGCAGAUUUCUUAAAAGACACACAACUUCUUCUUGGACAAAUAAAAAAUCCGACAAAAAAAUGUUUAUCUCCAUCAACUAUAUAUGGUAAACCCUCGGCAAAGCAAAUAGAUUCAGUAGCUGAUGCACUACAAGAAUCACCUAUAGACAAAACGUUACUCUUUAAAUGGAAAUAUUUACAAUAUCUGCGUAGCUUACGUAAUAAUCUUAAAAAACGUAUUCCAUAUAUCGAUUACUUCGAUAUUUAUGAAAAUUUGACUUCUUUGGACAAGGAACAUACUGGUAUCCUAACAGAAGAAGAUGUAUUUACAAUUUUAGGGAACUAUAAUAUCCAUCCCGAAAGACAACUAUUUAAAGCAUUGUUAGAUCUUUUAGGAUUACGACAAAAUGGAAAACUUUUUUAUAAUGAUGUAGUGGAUCUUCUAAAUUGGAAAUGUCCAUUUCCCACAUUACCGAUAACAAAAAAAAGUAAAGAAGAUAUAUCAUCUCUACAUGAAAAUGAAAAUAAAUCUUACAUAACUCCAUCAAAAUAUCAUUUUUGUAAUGAAAAAUCGUAUGCAAAGAUUGAUAAUGCUUAUGCUUUAAUUUUUCCCAAUAUUUUUACAAAAUAUGGCUUGGAUCAUAUAGAUUUUUUCAAGCUUCGAAGUAAACAUGAAAUACGAAGUAUAUUUGAAAAUAUUGGAAUUAUAUUUCCUGAUAACACUUUUGAUAUACUCUGGGAGAAAGCAAUUCAAAAAGACGGUACUGAGGGUGUAUGUGUUGAUACAUUUAAUUCUUUGUUAGAUGUAUCUACAGAUUAAACUCAUAAAAAUAUAAAAUAUCAAAUAUAUUAAUAAUAACAAUAAAUAAAAUACUUGUAGAAAAUAAAAUUACAAAA